AUGCAUUACUCCUCCAUCCUUUCCACUGGCAUGGUUAUAAUUUCGCUUUUUAGCGUUGCCGCUGCCGUCAUCCCGGAGGUCCUUUACUAUAUCGGACAGGCUGAAAUCGACGAAGUAAAGACGAACGGUAUUAAAACUCAAAGGCAUGGCGGCUUUACCCCCCCCCCCCCCCCCAAUGGCGUUUACGCCAGACUUAGAGUUCGGCAAACAAAAGGCAGCAAAACUUUUAAGACUUGGUCUUUUCCAGUGUAUGCGGCCCGUCAAGAUAUCCCUCCUUCGCAUAUUCAAAAGGGCCAAAGGAUCAGCAAAGAUAGCAAGCCAACCGAUACCUGGGAUUUCGGAGACACGGUAACCAACUGA